AUGUCGCGUCCUGAGGAUACCCUCGCGGCCGACAUCCACUACAAUGACUCCGAAGCCCGCAAGUACACGACGAGCUCGCGUAUCCAGAACAUUCAAGCCUCAAUGACCCGUCGUGCUCUUGAGCUCCUCGAUCUGAAGCAUCCUUCCUUUAUUCUCGACGUUGGCUGUGGCAGUGGUCUAUCUGGAGAGAUUCUCUCCGCCGAGGGCGAGGAGGAUGGCGGCCCGCACACCUGGGUCGGCAUGGACAUCUCUCCCUCCAUGCUUGACAUUGCUCUCCAAAGAGACGUCGAGGGUGAUCUUCUGCUUGCCGACAUUGGCCAGGGAGUACCCUUCCGUGCGGGUUCUUUCGACGCCGCCAUCAGCAUCUCCGCGAUCCAAUGGCUCUGCAACGCCGAGAGCAGCGACACAUCCCCCGAAGGUCGUCUGACUCGUUUCUUCAACGGUUUGUAUGCUUCAUUACGCCGCGGCGGCAGGGCUGUAUGCCAAUUUUACCCCAAGAACGACACACAGCGCAACAUGAUCACCCAGGCCGCUGUCAAGGCCGGCUUCGGAGCCGGUCUUUUGGAGGACGACCCCGAAACAAAGAACGUGAAGCUUUACCUGGUUCUGACUGUCGGUGGCACCGCUGAGGGCGGUAAGGGUGGCGACAUCACCAACGUCGUCGACGGCAUGGACAAUGUUAACGUCGAGGAUGCGAGACGAAAGGCCAGCGAUCAGAGCGGAAAGGGGGAGAUUAAGAAGGGCAGCAAGGCGUGGAUCGUCAAGAAGAAGGAGCAGAUGGAGAGGAAGGGCAAGGUUGUCAAGGCUACCUCAAAGUACACUGGACGCAAGCGGAGAAUCGCCUUCUAG